GCCAGCUGCCUUUCUUCAUUUUCCCUGUGCUUUGAUUUUCUACUAUCAUUCUAGUUCUUCGACACCAUGGGCGGCAGUGACAUAGAGAGUGUGUGGAUCUUUGCCCUUGCAUCCAAAUGCCGAGCUUUUUCACAAGAAAGUAUUGCAUGCUCAAUUUUGAUCAUCGCUCUUGCCUGGCUACUUAUGAUCCUACUCCAUUGGGCUCACCCCGGUGGCCCAGCUUGGGGCAAAUAUAGGUUAAAAAAAUGUUCCUCUCUUUCUGUUGCUAACAAGCCAAUUCCAGGGCCUAGAGGGUUGCCUCUACUAGGUAGCAUGAACCUUAUGGCCAGCUCCCUCGCUCAUCACCUGAUUGCAUCCGCUGCCGAGACAUGCGAAGCCAAGAGGCUCAUGGCUUUUAGCCUCGGUGAUACUCGUGUUAUCGUCACCUGCAAUUCGGAUGUAGCACGAGAGAUUCUUAACAGCUCCAUAUUUGCUGAUCGUCCGAUGAAAGAGUCAGCUUAUAGCUUGAUGUUCGAUAGAGCAAUCGGGUUCGCUCCUUAUGGAAUUUACUGGCGAAUCUUGAGAAGAAUCGCAGCAACGCACCUUUUCUGCCCUAAGCAAAUUAAAGGUGCAGAGGAGCAGAGACGCUUUAUUGCCUCUGAAAUGCUCACUUUAUUCGCUCGCAAUAACAAAAGCUUUUGCGUACGCGAAGUGCUCAAACGAGCUUCUUUAAACAACAUGAUGGUUUCGAUAUUCGGACAAAAAUAUAAGUUGGAUUCCAUCAAAGAUGAAGUUGAAGAACUCCGAGCUCUAGUCGAUGAAGGCUACGAUUUACUGGGCACAUUUAAUUGGUCCGACCAUCUUCCUUGGCUAGCUGAUUUUGACCCUCAGAAAAUCAGAGUCAGAUGCUCGAACCUCGUACCUAAAGUCAACCGCUUUGUCAGCCGAAUUAUAGCCGAACAUAGGGGCCGUGUUCAAACAAACGUGAAAGCUCGAGAUUUCGUCGACGUUUUACUUUCUCUCCAAGGUGUCGAUAAAUUAUCUGACUCUGAUAUGAUCGCUGUUCUGUGGGAAAUGAUAUUCAGGGGAACUGAUACCGUGGCGGUGGUGGUCGAGUGGAUACUAGCGAGAAUUGUGCUCCAUCCCGAUGUUCAGUCAAGGGUCCAUGAGGAGCUCGAUAUGGUCGUCGGUAGAUCAAGAGCCGUGGACGAGUCUGAUUUAACGAACAUGGUUUAUCUUCCGGCAGUGAUCAAGGAAGUUCUAAGGCUUCAUCCGCCGGGGCCACUACUUUCCUGGGCCCGUCUAGCUAUCACCGAUACAACCGUUGAUGGGUAUCACGUGCCGAAGGGGACGACAGCAAUGGUUAACAUGUGGGCCAUCACGAGGGACCCGCAAGAAUGGGCGGACCCACUUGAAUUUAUGCCCUAUAGAUUUGUGACGAAGGAAGGUGAAGUGGAGUUCUCCGUGCUUGGUUCGGACCUUAGGUUUGCUCCAUUCGGGUCGGGCAGGCGAAUAUGCCCGGGAAAGAACUUGGGGUUGACCACCGUCAGCUUUUGGGUGGCAUCGCUUUUGCAUGAGUUUGAAUGGCUACCGUCGGAUCAAAAUCCGGUGGACUUAUCAGAGGUUCUUAGGCUAUCUUGUGAGAUGGCCAAUCCAUUGAGUGUUAAUGUUCGGCCCAGACGUACGCUAAGCUUAUCUCAUUAAGGUUGUUUAAUGGCAUUGUGUUCUGGAAAAAGACGGCCGAAAAAGAAGGGGAAUCAAAGUUAAAAUUAAUA